UGCAGAUGGAAAUGGCGAAGGCGAAGGGAGUUCGAGUUCGAGGGGCAGACUGACUGACAGGUCGGUGGGUAGAGAGAGAAAGAGAAGAGACUUUCUAGAGAGAGGAAGAGAAAGAAAGAGAGGGGAAGAGGGUUUUAGUGAUCGUGCGAAUGGGCUGAGCAGAGAAAGGCUUGAAAAAGAAAACCUGGCUAAUUCGGAGGGCUUGAGGCCUCGCUUGUCGCUGAAGCAAUCCAUCCCCGGCGGCUGCAUCAUCGACGGCGACAACGACAACGACAACGAGCUCUUCAGACCCUGGCGCCGGAGGUUCCGUAAUUGGAUGGCCCUCACCUGGGGAUCCGCUCUCAGGAUUGCCCUCCUCCUCUUCCUCGCCGGAGCUGCGGUGGUCGCUUGCUUCACUCUCCCCGUCGAAAAGAUUCUGAAGGACUUCCUAAUAUGGGUUCACAAGGACCUGGGUCCUUGGGGUCCAGUGGUGCUGGCUAUUGCGUACAUUCCUCUGACCGUUUUGGCAGUGCCAGCAUCAGUGCUUACUCUUGGUGGUGGCUAUCUAUUUGGGUUGCCAGUGGGCUUUUUGGCUGAUUCAAUCGGUGCCACUAUCGGUGCCGGAGCAGCAUUUCUUCUCGGAAGAACUAUUGGGAAAUCGUUUGUAGUUUCGAAGCUAAAGGAUUAUCCACAGUUCCGCUCAGUUGCACUCGCAAUUCACCGUUCUGGUUUCAAGAUUGUUCUGCUGCUUCGGCUCGUUCCUUUGCUUCCAUUUAAUCUGAUGAAUUACUUCUUGUCCGUGACUCCUGUUCCAAUCUGUCAGUACAUGCUUGCUUCCUGGAUAGGCAUGAUGCCUAUAACAUUUGCUCUAGUGUAUGUCGGGACAACUUUGAAGGAUCUCUCGGACGUGACACACGGGUGGGGCAAGUUCUCAACUACUCGUUGGGUAUUAAUCGCAUUGGGGUUUGUUGUAUCUGGGGUUCUGAUAUUCUGUGUAACCAGAGUAGCCAAGGCAGCUCUGAUGAAGGCGCUAGCGGAGAAUGAGGAUAUCGAUAACGUCCUUCCCUCCACGCCGAAGCUGCCGGUCAUGGUGGCGCCUGCCGUGGUCGAUCUCAACCAGCCCCUCAUAAUAAAGAUCGACUCUGAGCCUCAAACCAAAGACUCGAAGUGAGACGGACCUUUUUUACCAUCUUCCAUUACAGUGUAAAUUCUUUGGUCUUGCACUUUUGCAGUUGCAUGAUGAUAGGAGCCCCUGAGAUUGUUACAAUUAUCCUAUCCAUGUAUAGAGCUCUCUCUCUCUCUUCUCGGUAGGCUUAUGUUUCCUCUUAUAGUAGAAAUCCAAAAUCGGAAUAAGGAGAAUACUACAUCGGCGUUGAUUCAGAUGGUGAACAUAUUGCGGGUCCACUAUGUAAUGAUUAUGGCCCAAUACGAACAACUGGAAAGAUUACCAUUUGUAAGAAAUGAAAUUGAGAAAAUGAAUGGUGUCGUGCCAUUGACUAAGCGGAGUUUUAUCCUGAA